GUGUCGCCUACGUCCGCGGAAUCCGGGGUUUGGUGUUGUGGCGCCCGCCUUCGCCAGGCUCAGGUGGAAGCCACUCAUUCUUCAUCUACCCUUUUUUCAGUAUCUGGCACCAAUUCUGGCCCAGUCAUUUGUGACCCAUGGCUCUUGUGAUAUGCCGAAGAUUUCCAGGCAGUUUCUGUGGAACACCUCCCCGUCCAGCUCUAAUCAAGCACCAUAUAAACAAGAAAUUGCCUGGUCAAACCUGUGUUCUGACUGCCAGAAAGAUCCGUACUGACACCAGAAUGGCAGCCACUCUCAAGUUGUUAAAAUCUUUAGGAUAUCGAGCAUUUUACAGUCCUUUUGCCUUCAAUGCAACCCAAAAUGUGGCAUAUUGGAAUGUGAGAAGCAGCACACAGCAUGGGGAACAGGACCCUCCACAACAUGGUAGCCCCUGCGAUCCUGCCAAAAAAGUUAAGAACAUUGGUAGCACCUCCUCUUCUCGGAGCAUCGUCACAACCAACAGUGCCCUCCUGGCUUUGGAAUUCAGCAAGGCUUCUACCUCUAAGGCCAGCACGUGGCAGCCAGGCUCAUUCGGGGCCGUGAGAGUUGAUGAAGAGGAUAUAGAAGUUUUUGAUUCCCUUGAAGGCCCUCGAGUUUUCCUACAGCUAAGACCAGAGUACCAGCUUCAUAGCUAUAGAAGAUCUGAGACUUAUCAGUCCCUGUCUGUUUCAGAAGGUGAACUCAUUUUGCACAAAGUCACAGUUUAUCAAAAGAAUCUCCAGCCUCAAAUCAUUGCUGAUUAUUUCUGUAAGCUGAGCUUUUUGCCUGCAGAACAGCGUUCUGUUUUGCUCUCCAAUGCCAGCUUUGCUUUACUCUGCCAGCUGGGUGUGAAAAACAUACAGCUCUUUGAUACCCCCAAUCUGAUCAACAUUUUGAAAGCUUUUGUCAGUUUAGGAAUCCCUCACUACCAUUCAAUGCUAGAUGUAUAUGAAAGCAGAUUUUGCCGUCAGCUAUGGGAGAUGAGUGUGGAUCAGCUUCUCUUGGUGGCUGAUAUGUGGCGGUACUUAGGCCGUAGGGUACCUCGGUUUUUAAAAAUUUUUUUUAGUUAUCUUAAUUUGCAUUGGAAAGAGCUAUCCUUGUCCCAGUUGAUUCACUUAAUUUAUAUUAUAGGUGAAAAUCGUCAGGUACCCCAGGACCUAAUGCAAAAACUGGAAUCAUUGAUCCUUAAAUAUAUAGAUUUGAUCAAUUUAGAGGAGGUUGGUACAAUCUGUUUGGGGUUCUUUAAAUCAAGUAGUAGUCUCUCUGAAUUUGUCAUGCGGAAAAUUGGAGACUUGGCUUGUGCUGACAUGCAGCAUCUGAGUAGUCACGCCUUAGUGAAUAUUCUUAAAAUGUUCCGUUUCACUCAUGUGGAUCACAUAAAUUUCAUGAAGCGGUUUGGAGAGAUUGCUCCUCAGCGAAUUCCUUCUCUGGGAGUUCAGGGUGUCAUGCACCUGACUCUUGCCUGUUCGGCUUUACGCAUCCUGGAUGAAGAUGUGAUGAAUGCUGUUGCUUCCUCUUUACCUCCUAGGGUGGCACACUGUCGAAGUAAAGAUGUUGCCAAGAUUCUGUGGUCAUUUGGAGCCCUGAAUUAUAAACCACCCAAUGCUGAAGAAUUUUAUUCCAGCCUGAUAAAUGAGAUUCACAGAAAGUUGCCUGAAUUUAACCAGUACCCAGAACACCUGCUCACCUGCCUGCUGGGCCUGGCAUUUUCUGAGUACUUUCCAAUAGAGUUCAUCGAUUUUGCUCUGAGUCCAGGGUUUGUCAGGUUAGCUCAGGAGAGAAGUACAUUUGAUCUCACUAAGGAACUGUAUACUCUUGAUGGUUCAGUUGGCAUUGAGUGUCCAGAUUACAGAGGCAAUCGUCUUAGUUCUCACCUUAAGCAAGAGGGAUCUGAAAUGCUGUGGAAUUUAGUAAGGAAGGAUAUGAACUCAAAGCCUGAAUUUCUAGAAACUCUCUUUUUACUUGAGACCAUGUUGGGUGGGCCCCAGUACAUCAAGCACCAUAUGAUUUUGCCUCAUACCCGAUCUUCUGACUUAGAGAUCCAGCUUGAUGUUAACAUGAAACCAUUACCAUUUAAUAAAGAAGCCAGACCAGCUGAAAAUGUAGCCAAAUUAAGGCUUAAGAAUGUAGGAGUCAGCCUUACAGAUGAUUUGAUGAAUCAGUUACUAAAAGGGAGAGCAAGAAGAAAUUUUCAGAGGGAAGUUGAGUCAGAGACUGGGCAACAGUCCAUGGAGGUAGACAAUAAGGCAACCGUACCCUUGGGGGACUCCCUCUGCACUGUGGCCGAGAAGUCAGAGGCCACAGAGAUAGACGGCCUGUGCUCCCCAGCCCAUGUGCAGGCCCCAGAAGUGAAGCUGGCAAUUCAGUUUACAAACAGGAACCAAUAUUGCUAUGGUUCCAGGGAUCUGCUUGGACUGCACAAUAUGAAGAGGCGGCAGCUGGUUCGGCUUGGCUACCGUGUGGUAGAGUUAUCCUACUGGGAAUGGCUUCCACUACUGAAACGGACUCGCUUAGAAAAGCUGGCAUUUCUUCAUGAGAAAGUAUUCACCUCUGCUCUCUAACAUGCCUUUAAGGGCAUUUCUACUCAAAAGCUGUGGGUGUACACUGUACAAGGUGUUGUGAAAUGAUUAUAAAAGCCAGAAUGUAAGUUUGGUAAUAAAAUCACCUGUUGAGAAGACUUAGUUGUGCUCUUGUCUGUGACUGAUUGAGCUAGUGUAUGUUACUGUUAAUUGUAAUCUGAUUGGAUUGUACAGAUUGCUGCUAAUUGGUACAUACCACUUUUAGUGAAUAAUAAAUAUCUCAAAAUGUCCCAUGGUCAA